GGCAAGGAGCUGAGUGGAGGUGGCGCUGUCCACAGGGAAGCACAUCAUUCCAGCCCUGCCGGGGGUGAGGUCGGGUCAGGAUGCCCGGGUCGCAGGAGGAAAAGGAGGAGCUGGAUCCAGGGCCCGAACAGAAGAAAAGGGAAGACCACUGCCGGAGAUAAAGGCCCAGCGGAGGCAGCCUCCCAGAGGUCAGUAGGACGCGAGAGUCCAGACCCAGCCGAGUCUCCCGGGGAGCCCAGCAGAGACAGCGCAGAGGAGAGCGCGGGAGACGCCCAGAGCGCACAAUGCGCGGGUCCCAGGCCGCCGGGCCGAUCUACACCGCUGGCCGGGUCACGUGGCCCGAGCCGACGUGCCGCUGCCCGGGCGGAGGGGCGCGCUGGGUCCGGGUCAGCUGCGAGCCCGGGGCGGCCGAGAAGUUCCCACUCUGGGAGCCGCGCUGGCCCCCAAGCGCGGGAGCCGCCCACUGCCCGCCCGCCUCGCCGAAGGACGCCCGCCCUCUAUAUAGCACGCCCCCGCAGGGCUCGAGCCAGGCCGCUUGCCGCGACGUGGGCGCCGGAGAGCACAGCAAGCCUGAGUGCCAGCCCCCCGCCCCCAGCGCCGCCGCCCCGACGGGUGUCCCCUGCUGCGGCCGCGAAGGCCAGACCAUGAAGAAGGAGGUGUUCUCCUCUGCCUUCCUCAAGGCUGUGUUCGCCGAGUUCCUGGCUACCCUCAUCUUCGUCUUCUGCGGCCUCGCCUCGGCCCUCUCGUGGCCGUCGGCGCUGCCCAGCGUCCUACAAAUCUCCGUGGCCUUUGGCCUGGCCAUAGGCACCCUGGUCCAGGCCCUGGGCCCCGUGAGCGGUGCCCACAUCAACCCUGCCAUCACACUGGCCCUCCUAGUGGGCAACCAGAUCUCCUUGCUCCGGGCUGUCUUCUACGUGGUGGCCCAGCUGGUGGGCGCCAUUGCCGGGGCCGGCAUCCUCUAUGGGCUGGCACCGAGCAAUGCCCGGGGCAAUCUGGCCGUCAACUCGCUCAACAACAACAUAACUCCGGGCCAGGCCGUGGUGGUGGAGCUGAUUCUGACCUUCCAGCUGGCACUCUGCAUCUUCUCCUCCACCGACACCCGCCGCACCAGCCCUGUGGGAUCCCCGGCCCUGUCCAUUGGUCUGUCCGUUGUACUGGGCCACCUUGUGGGGAUAUACUUCACCGGCUGCUCCAUGAAUCCAGCCCGCUCUUUCGGUCCUGCAGUAAUUAUGAAGCGGUUCAGUCCCUUGCACUGGGUGUUCUGGGUGGGGCCCAUCGUGGGGGCUAUCCUGGCUGCCGUCCUCUACUUCUACCUGCUCUUCCCCAACUCCCUGAGCCUGACUGAGCGUGUGGCCAUCGUCAAGGGCACGUAUGAGCCCGAGGAGGACUGGGAGGAACAUCAGGAGGAGCGGAAGAAGACCAUGGAGCUGACUGCCCACUGACCAGCGUCACCUGGGGGCCAGCCUCUCAGCCCUGAAUUGCAGGGGAAAAGGGAAAAUAUAUGACAGCAAAGCUUCCUUUCCACAUGGCUGGGUCCUCUGGGCUGGGGAGGAGGUGCUGACUCCCCAGGCUGCACAGUUAGAGUUGGGAGCAGAAAUACAUGACGGGACUCUUGGGGUGGGGGAUGGGGUCUGGGGUCUGGUGGGAAGGGGUCUCUCUGGGACAGGGCAGUGAGAUCAGAGCUCAGAGAUCAUGAAUGCAGUGCCAAGCUGGCUGGCUGCCCCAGGGUCAGGCCAGGAAGGGGUGGCCAGUGGUCUGCAUCCCUUCCCCUUCCGCCACCCUCCUCAAGAGCCAGGGGAAUCCCAGCCACUGUGUCGGCAGAGGCUGACCCUCCCCAGAGCUUUUUAGGAGGGAAGCAGACUGGUUCAUUAAAUGCCGUUUUAUUUAUUUCUGCUCAAGGAUGCAUGGGGUAGGGCUGCUGGUGUUUGGGGUCGGGGCUUCCCAAUAAACCACUGACAUUCA